GUGUUAUAACAACUGAACUACCUACUGAUGAAGAUAUUGUUGAAGACAUUCUCGUUUCAGAAGUACUUGAAAAUGCUAAAAAAUUCUUGGAACAAGAAUUUGCUACAGAAAAAGAUGUUAAGUAUGUUAAAGAGUUAAUAAAACGUCUAAAUAGUAUUGAAGAUAAGGCAAAAU